GCCUCUACAUGCUGCGGCGCCUGAUCUCCUACGGCUUCUACCCUCCCUCAGCAGUAGCAGCAGCAGCAGCAGCGGCGGCGCCAGCUGCAGCAGCAGCAAACUACUGGGGGCUCGUGCUGCCCGUCCUCAAAGGCCUGGGACUCCUGCAGCAGGACUGUCGCGCUGCACUUCUCAUGAAACCUUGUCGAACUACUUGGACCCAGGUCUUGGAUGA